GACGACGAAGAGGUCAAGCGGUUAGAACAUCUGGUUACGAGUUACGAUACCGGCUACUACUGGAACAGGAUCCAUCCGUACUCGCUGAACACUAUUCGCCGGAGGGCGUUGAGCGCGAGGCGGAAGGCACACGAAGAAACACAAGCAAGCGAGAACGCAGCCGAGAUGGACUGCGACGAGGCGGACGGCGACACGAUCAUGACGGAUGUCUCUGCCUCCUCGGAGCGCAGCCGCGUGAGACGCACAGCCUCGAGCGUAGCAGCUACGGGGCUGACACCAUCCAGUACCCCCGCUGAUGCGGUCGGGCCGUGGAUCUAUGUCGCAGCACCUCAGCAGUCCAAAAGACCGCAGCAGGCGGAUAUCGCGAGGCUCGUGGCGGAGGGGACGAGGGCACUGCAUCGGUUCGAGAAUGACAGGGCCGCGUUGCAGGUGCAGCGGGACAGGGCCCCGGCGGGUUCGAAGCAGGCGGCAACGCGGGCGCUGCACCGUCGGCGGCAGGAGUUGGAGAGCGAGCUGUUCGUGCUGGCGAGGCAGACGGGCGUCGUGUCCGGGAAGUGGAUGCUGUUUAUCACGGCGGAUCGGGUCGAUGAGUAUUGGACAGUGGUGGCCGAGGCGACCGUGCGCGGAGAGCUGGGAUUCGGAGCCAAGGUAGCAACGGAUGAUGGGCAGGGGAGGGCGCGACUGAUCGCAAUCUAUACCCACGAUCAUGAGGACCGCGAGGACGUGGCUCGGGUGCUGAGGAGAAUGGUAGAGUUGGAGCUUGUCAAGUCCAAUGAGAAGCCCAUAUACUAUAAGUGUGAUGCGUUCACCCAUCUGGAGAUCAUGGGGAACAAUCCGUGGGGAUUGAAGGCGAGUCGGUUUUCGAGUCGAGACGUGUUGCGGGGUGAGUGGUGA